GCGGCGGCGGCGGCGGCUGGGCAGGGCUGGGCAGGGCCGCGGACGCGAAGCCCCCCGUUCCCCGCCAGGCUGCAGGCGCCGGGCCUGGGCCAUCAGGGCAGCUGUCACCCGAGCGCUCUCCGGGCGGCGAGCAGGGGGUACGCCCGGCCCUCCGUCCCCGGGAUCAUGGGGAAUGGCAUGACCAAGGUACUUCCUGGACUCUACCUCGGAAACUUCAUUGAUGCCAAAGACCCGGAUCAGCUGGGCCAGAAUAAGAUUACACACAUCAUCUCCAUCCAUGAGUCACCCCAGCCUCUCCUGCAGGACAUAACCUACCUUCGCAUCCCAGUGGCUGACACCCCUGAAGUGCCCAUCAAAAAGCAUUUCAAAGAAUGUGUUAACUUCAUCCACUGCUGCCGCCUCAAUGGGGGGAACUGCCUUGUGCACUGCUUUGCAGGCAUCUCCCGCAGUACCACCAUCGUGACAGCAUAUGUGAUGACCGUGACUGGGCUAGGCUGGCGAGACGUGCUUGAAGCCAUCAAGGCCACCCGGCCCAUCGCCACCCCCACCCCGGGCUUCAAGCAGCAGCUUGUGGUGUUUGGCUGGGGCAACUCCCGGAUGCUACGGCGGCAACUGGAGGAGCGCUUCGGGGAGAGCCCUUUCCGCGACGAGGAGGAGCUGCGCGCGCUGCUGCCGCUGUGCAAACGCUGCCGGCAGGGCUCUGCGACCUCGUCCGCCUCCAUCCCACCUCCCUCGGGAGCCCCGGAGGGAUCCCUGCAGCGCCUGGUGCCGCGGCCGCCCCGGGAAGUCCACCGGCCGCUGCCGCUGCUGGCGCGCGUCAAGCAGACUUUCUCUUGCCUCCCGCGGUGUCUGUCCCGCAAAGGGGGCAAGUGAGGAUCCCGCCCGGACGUGGCUCCUCUCUUCUUCCCGAGCGAACCCCUUCUGAGUCAGUCUGGGCCUCCCAAGGCCUCGAGGACGGGCCCAGGGUCUGUGGGAGGCGCGCGACGGCCUGACCCCGGCCCCUAGCCCCCGUGCCUGCCUUGCUCGUCUGCGUCUGCAGUCAGUGUGUGCUCUGCGCAUUUCUCUGCGUCUGGGCCGGCCUGCUGCAGCCACCUGGUGCCUUAGUCUUUGGGCUGGUGGAGGGGGCACCCAGGCCUCGACCCUUAAAGGUGAGGUGGGAGGACAGGGUGGGGGGUUGGGGUCGGCUGGGCCUGGAGGAUAUUAAAGAGACACAGAAG